ACAUUCACCGAUAUCUUAGCCGUUUUAAUUUCUCCGAUGGAUCUAAAAGGAAUUCCUCUAUUAUUCGUAUUAAUUUAUUAUCAAUUAUGUCUCAAUUCUGCACUAAACCUAGUUUUAAAGACAUCUCCACCUUCUCCUGUAUACGCUGCCGUCAACACAGAGUUGGUUCUGGAUUGUACCCAAAAAGGAAACGACGACUUAAUCACGUUGCAGUGGACAAGUCCCAAGAACAACGAGGUGUACAGCACAACAAGUAACGGAAGUUUUACUAGCUUGGUAUUUCCUAAAUUAAACUAUUCAAAUGAGAGUGUUUACUAUUGCCAAGCUGUCAAUCAAACUACUGGUUUAGUAGUAGCACAGACAAAUAUCACAGUAAACGUUGGAGAUCCACCAGCGAAGCCCCCGCCUCCAACAUUGAAACGUAUUUGUGGCUAUCCUCCUACCGUAGUUAUCUUCUCGUACCAAUACCCAAGUCUUACGUCGAAGUCGACGCAUUAUCCAGUCAUCGUUGAACUCAUCGUAUCUCCUAUUUCCACGACGAACCCCUGCUUGAGGGUAGGCAAUGACUUUGAGGUGGUGGAAGAAAGUAAACGAAUAAUUUAUGGACCAAAAAAUGAUUCAUUUGAAGUAAACGUUGUACAGAUUGUCAUGGAAAAGGUUCCUGAUUUUCCUAUUUGCAAUGACGACUACAGUCUGAUAGAUUGUAAGCUACUGUGUACAAGUGUCAGAGCAACAAAUGCAUUUGGGACAAGAUUUAGCCAAACGAAAUUGACAAAAUUGGUUGAAAAAUGUGGUAAGAUCGCCGACUUGAGGGCUAUAAAUAUUGGACGGAAUAACUUCACUGUAGCGUGGGGCCUACCAUGGUGCCUUAGAAACAGCACGCAAUUUUAUAGGAACUCGUAUUACUUGAUUCAGUGCGAACCAUCGUGUGGGGAUUAUAUAGUGAAAUCUGACGUUAGAGUCGUUUCCGGUUUGAACCACACCAUUAGCAAACUCAUCGAAUACAAAAACUACACUGUCUUUGCUAGUUGUUCUUUUUUCAUGCAUCUCGAAGACUUUGGAGAACGUGUAUCUAUUUCAGUACAAACCAAGGAAGGAGUUCCGAGGGAGGCCCCAACAAUAGUGACAAUAAGAUGGCAAUCAGAGUGCGCUGACUCAAAUGGUACAGCUCUCAUCUCAUGGAAGGUUCCUAACAAAGCUACCUUGUUUGGUAAAGUACGAUAUUAUAUCGUAGAAUACCAAAUAACGAAAACCUCGAUAAGAGCCACAAGAAAUGUUCCCGCUGGUUUACAUCAACUACUUGUUACAGGAUUAGGAAUGAAUAAAAGCUACGAGUUUACUGUAAAAGUGUGUACCAGUGGGGGCUGUAGUAAGGCAAAGCAAUACGCCAGCUUAUCACCCAAUCGAUGUACGUCAUCGGACGGACCUGCACCGACACCUG